AUGGCGGUUAGCACGAGGUCCCAAGGCGGCAAGCUCUAUAUACCUGCGCCGGAUAGAAAGAGGACGAGAAGACGAACGUGCCCUGCGCCCGCACCAACACCCGCACCAGCGCUUCUACAAGCGGCGCCUCCAGCAGCGCCCCCAGCGCAAUCUCCAGCGCGGUCACCGAAACCACGAAAGAACUAUGUGGACAAGGGAGUCACAGCGGACCUGUCGCCUAGAAAAGCCAAGAGUCCCAAGACGAAAACACCUCCACCUCCUGGAGGCAUUUCCAAGAAUUAUGCGGACAAGGGAGUCACAGCGGAUCUAUCGCCUAGAAAAACCAAGAAUCCCAAGGCGGAGACACCUCCACCUGCUGGAGGUAUCUCCAAAAUUGGAGCCGGUUCCAAGCAAAAGACUCCCCCACCAAGCCCUGUGGACCCAUUGUUGGUGAAGAGAAGGGGACGACUUGUCAACAACAACUUACAGGUGAUCCCGGCGCAUGUUCUAGAUGGCCGGCCUGUGAAACGCUUUCCACAAGUUCAAUUUCCUGUCACCAAAGGGCUGUGGAACAAGGGAGAGCUGUGCUAUCGCAACGCAACUUUGCAAGCCUUGUUCCACACUCCGGCGUUCUAUCGGUACCUUGGCAAGAUGCACAAAGACUGCCGCGAUGGACCCACUACCAAGUGUGUCGUGUGUACGCUACAAUGGCUUGCCCAGGCCUACUACAACGACCAAGUCUCUAUUCGUCCCUACGGUAACUCGACCACGAGAGUCGCUGGUCCUCUUGAUCCACUUAGACUUUUCAACCAGACUUGCAAAAGGAACCCUCCUACAGAUGAAGUCACCCUCGGGGACAUGAUCGAGGAAUUCGCCGCGGAAAGCCAAAGCGACGCCUGGAACUUCAUACAGUAUCUCAUGGGAUUGAUCCGCGACAAAGAGCUUCCGACCGACGAUGCGACCUUCUCGCACAUGUUCGACAUGCCGUCAGAGCAGAGCUGGACCUGCCAGCAAUGUGGCGAGACAUUUACCCGCGAGGCGGUGCCAAGGCGAUCAGUGCAAACAUUUGGACACGGAAGAUUGGGACGGGCCACUGCGCAAAGUGACAAGGAGAAUCACGCAGACGCCCGAGGUCCUUCUGAUCCAACUCCAGAUGUUCAUCCAUAA